CUCAGGGAGCCUUCAGCUGGCCCAACACACACCUGGACGGGGUAUAAAAGGCCCACAGCCCUGAGCCAUGCUCACACACUCACUCACUCACUCACACACACUCACAUCCUCACCCUCCUCCAGCCCCACCACCUCCACCAUGGCUUCCUCUGCCUUGUCUGUCUGCUCCAGUGACCUGAGCUACGGCAGCCGGGUCUGCCUGCCCGGGUCCUGUGACUCCCGCACCGGCUCCUCCUGGCAGGUGGACCACUGUCCAGAGAGCUGCUGCGAGCCCCCCUGCUGUGCCCCCAGCUGCUGCGCCCCGGCCCCCCGCCUGACCCUCCUCUGCGCCCCAGUGAGCUGCGAGUCCAGCCCCUGCUGCCAGCCAGCCUGCAGCAGCUCCUGCCUGGCCUCGUCCUGCCAGCAGUCUAGCUGCCAGCCCUCCUGCUGCACCUCCUCCCCCUGCCAGCAGGCCUGCUCUGAGCCCGUCUGCUGCAGGCCCGUCUGCUGCACACCUCUCUCCUGCAGGCCCGUCUGCUGCACCCCUGUCUGCUGCAGGCCCGUCUGCUGCACACCUCUCUCCUGCAGGCCCGUCUGCUGCACACCUGUCUGCUGCAGGCCCGUCUGCUGCACACCUGUCUGCUGCAGGCCGGUCUGCUGUGAGGCCUCCCCCUGUUCUACCUCCUCAUGUUGCCAGCAGUCAAGCUGCCAGCCCUCCUGCUGCACCUCCUCCCCCUGCCAGCAGGCCUGCAGUGAGCCCGUCUGCUGCACCCCUGUCUGCUGCAGGGGCGUCUGCUGCAGGCCUGUCUGCUGCACACCUGUCUGCUGCAGGCCCGUGUGCUGUGAGGCCUCCCCCUGCUCAGCCCCCUCAUCCUGCUGCAGACCCUCCACCUCUGUGUCCCUCCUCUGCCGCCCCGUGUGCCGCCCUGCAUGCUGUGUGCCCAAGUCCUCCUGCCAGCCCAACUGUUGCAGCCUGGCCUCCUCCGUGUCCCUCCUCUGCAGGCCCACAUGCUCCCGCCCGGCCUGCUGCAUCCCAACCUCGGCCCCGGAGCCCUGCUGCUGACCUGGCAUGUCACCCCAGAGCCAGCCAAGCUCAGGUUACACCUAUGACUUGGUCCUCUGUCCUGACCUGGGCUGGGUGGUUGCCCUCACUCAGGACAGGGUCCCCGAUGUCUCCACUGUCCUGACUGACUGACCUCUCACGACUGCCCCAGGAGCCCCGACCUCACAGCUCCCUGGGGCUUCUGCCUCCCAGGAGUCACUUCCAGCUGUCUCUGGGUCACCUGCCCCCCUACCCCUCCAGAUCCUCUAGCUGGGUCACUUGGCCUGGACUUCCAACCAGUCAGCACCCCAUCAGGCACCUGGAUAAAUAAACUCACGUCAUCACCUGA